UGUGUCUGCCGGAGCCCUGCGCGCCCUCGGAGCCAUGCUGCGGAGCUGCGCCUCACGACUGCGCACGCCCGGGGCCCUGCGCGGCAGGUUGGGAGGUGCGCCCCCGCCGGCGAGGGACUCGCGGCCGCCGCCUAGGUCAUUUUCUUCAGAGGUCAUUUAUGUGGACCAUUCUCUCCCCAACCCCAGCUGGAGCAAGGACAUGAGACUCCUUUUUGACCAGUUCAUGAAGAAAACUGAAGAUGGCUCUUGGAAACGUUUGCCUUCACAUAAAUCUGUAUCUCCUCAAAGGACUGAAGAGGUCAAAACCUUUUUUCCUGAUGCAAAGCCUAUAAAAGAACACAUGUCACAAGCCAAGCUCUUUCCCAGAAGCCUUGAGGAAGGUCUGGGGUUUGAAUAUGCGAUGUUCCAUAAUCAUGUUGAAAACAGGACAGUUUGCAUAUUUCAAGGAGGUCCUUACCUGCAAGGAGUACCUGGAUUCCUUCACGGAGGUGCCAUUGCAACCAUGAUUGAUUCUACUGUUGGUAUGUGUGCAGUUAUCACUGAGGGAGUUGUCAUGACUGCCAAUCUCAACAUCAAUUUUAGAAGGCCUAUCCCCCUUUGUUCUGUUGUUGUGAUAAAUAGCCAGCUUGAUAAAGUUGAAGGAAGGAAAUUGUUUGUUUCCUGUAAUGUCCGAAGUGUGGAUGAAAAGACCCUAUACUCCGAGGCAACAAGUUUAUUUGUAAAACUAGAAAAAAAAAAAGUUUGACAUAAAAGAGCUUCUGGUGCAUUCUACACCAAUCUGCACUACUUCCCUCCAGAAGAAGCUGUUGUCUCCAGUUCUGCUCUACUUACCUACUUUUGAGUCCCCCAGAGGGUGAAGCCUGCUAACCCUGAUCUUCCUCAACAAAUCUUUGGAAUACAACUCCAGGAGCUCUAUUUCCACCUUCUAAACUCUUUAACACAGAAGGACUCCGUGUGACAGUAUCAGCAAUUCUUAGUGUCUCCUUAGAAUAAUAAGUUUCUGGUUCUCCUAAAUUUGAAUGGACUCCUUAAGGUUGCACAAGCAUGAUAUUUCCCCCAUUUCAGACUGAAGAAAAAAUUCAUAUUGAAACUCUUACCACAAACUUGAAAAUGCCAGAAAACCAAAGGAAGGAGUGUGUGUGCGUGUGUGUGUUAUAAAGGGGGGGAAAUCGGAGGGGGAGACGAACCAUGAGAGACUAUGGACUCUGAGAAACAAACUGAGGGUUCUAGAGGGGAGGGGGGUGGGGGGAUGGGUUAGCCUGGUGUUGGGUAUUAAAGAGGGCACGUUCUGCAUGGAGCACUGGGUGUUAUGCACAAACAAUGAAUCAUGGAAUAUUACAUCAAAAAAGAAAAAAAGGAAGGCAGGAAGAAAGAACAAGGCUAACUUUAUUGUAUCCAAACAAAUGGUUUUGGCCACGGUAGGAAGUACGACUAGUUCCUAUAGGAAUGAAUGAAUACUUCAGAUCUGGAUCCUAGGGAUUAAACAACCGUACCAUUUUUAAUAUAAUCUGUCCUGUUGUGUCUUACCAGCGACAUAGUUGAUCAUCACUGGAAGGAACCUAUAUUUACUUCCUAGGUAUCUUCAUUCAGGCUGCUAUAACAAAAUACGACAGACUUGGGUAGCUUAUAUACAACAGAAAGUUAUUGCUCACAGCUCUCGAGCCUAGAAAGGCAAGGAUCAGAGCACCAGCACAGUCACCUUCUGGUGAGGGCUAGCUUACUGGCUUAGAGCUGGCACCUUCUCACUGUGUCCUCAUGUGGUAGAAGGGGCUAGAGAUUCUCUAGAUCCUCUUAUUAGGGCACUAACCCCACUCAUGAGGGCUCCACUACUAAUACCAUUAGGAUUUCAACAUAGGAAGGCAGGGGCAGGAACAAACAUUCAGCCCUUCACAUUAGGCCUUCCAUGACAAAGUACCACAUACUGGGUGAUUUGAAAAAACAGGGGAACUCAUUGCCUCACAGUUCUGGGAACCAGAAGUACAAAAUCAAGGUUUCUACAAGGCCAAGCUCCCUCUGAAGGCCUCAAGCCUCUCUCCUGGCUGCUGGUAGCCUCAGUCAUUCCUUGGUUUGUAGAUGCAUCACUGCUGCCUUCACAUCAUCUUCCCUUUGGCCAAAUUUCCCCCUUUGUAUAAGGACACCAAGUCAUUGGUAGGGCCCACACUAAUGACCUCACUUUAACUCAGUUACCUCAAUAAAGACCUCAUUUCUGGGGCCCCUGGGUGGCUCAGUCAGUUAAGCAUCUAACUCUUGGGCUCAGCUCAGGUCUUGAUCUCAGGAUCGUUGAGUUCAAGCCCUGCAUUGGGCUCCACACUGGUCGUGGAGACUAAAAAAAAAAGACCCCAUUUCCAAAUAUGCUCACAUCAUGAGGUGGGGGAUUAGGACUUCAGCAUACCUUUUGGGAGGACACAGUUCAACCCAUAACAGAACCUUAAACAAAUGAAAGAUGAAAAAAUGAAUUGGGAGACUAAUGUUCUAGGAAACUUAUUCUACUUCUAAUAGAUUGAAUAGAAUCUACUGCAGAUAAUAGUCUGGGCUUCAGUUUCUUUCCUUUCCCCUUACUAAAAGUUUAGGUUGAACCGCAUGAAAUAGCCAUUUUCAAAGAUCAGAAUGGUCAGAUAUUGACAAUUUCCUAUGGCUCGACCUAGUGACUUAGGGAUAGCCUUGUGGUGCCCUACCCAGUCAUCCUUGCACAGCCAAAAGAUCAGCUGGACUCCUCCACUGCCGGAGCUGACUGACCCUGGGAUGGCCAAGCCCAAAAAAGACUCCCAUCCCUAGGGCCCACCUGCAGCUCCCAAGCUGCAAGAAAGGCCCCAGCAGAGGAUGGGGGUCACAGUGAUGGUGAGGCUAGCAGUUCCCUGUCCCUAGAAAUCCUGGUAGAGCCUGGGGAGGCACCUGGCCCGCAGCUGUGCCGUUCGCAUGUCUCGCAGCAGCCACCCUUUCUUCCUGGUCUUCAUCUAAUGACACUGGAGACCGCGGGCUCUUGUGGCAGCUCUCACAGCUUGCCCUCGUGGGUCGUAGGCAUGUGUACAAACAUGAAGCUGAAGGAACGAGCCAGCACUGCUGUCCAGCUUCACUUAAUUAGUAGAAAGGAGUUUAGACAGAGAGGGUACUUCAAAAAUGUCACUUAUUUGCACAGGCUUGCCCACACCGCUAGAGCACGCCAGGCCUUCACCCGAGCUAAAAAGCACCCAACUGAAAGAAUGCCAGAGGACUUUUUCUUCUGUUAAGUAUGCGCACACCUCCCUCCCUCUCCACCUGUAAGGUUUGCUCACUGGUGUGAUGGUGUCCAGGCCGCACUGUAGUAUGCGGGUGCUGGGCCUGGCGCGGCACAAGGUCAGCCAAGGGAAAGCUCCGUGGCUGUGCCCGCAGGGUCCCGGGCUUGACCAAGCCCGCAUGCUUGCCUUCCUCAGUCCUGGAGUACCUGGAACGCUCCAGAGCUUUGAUUGCUUCCUGGUCUGUGGGCCGGAGUCCCGCAUGAGGAGGUUGCUGUACUUGAGCAGUCCCCCGCCCCUGAUCUCUUUGGGGUUCUUGGUGGCGAUCAGUCUGUUCUGCAGGUGGUCGAAGGCUUCCUCGAAGUCCCCAUACGCACUAUCCCCGAUCACCAUGGGGUGGACGCGCUCAGAGAUGGGGCUGCUGGAGCAGUUGUAGAAGAAGAGCAGAGAGUCCAGGAUGAUCUGAAAAGAGUCUGCGCUAAAUUCAAACUGGCGCUGGAUGGAGUCAACGAAUUUCAGCUCCACGUUCUUCCCAUUCCUGUUGGAGAGGGAAAUCAGGCUCCAGCGGUCAGUGUCCGUGCAGACCUUCACCAGCUUCUGGACAUACGCCUCCUUCAGGGUGACCGGGCUGAUCUUGAGCUUGUUCACGCCCUCUAGCAGAAAGUUUGGAAGGGAGCACAGCACCACAUCCCUGACCAGCUGAAAUUCUGCCUCCGUGGGAAGAGCCACAUGAAAGAUCAGGUGCAGUCUUUGCAACACAGGCUGUUGUCUUUGACCAAGACGUGGCCCGUUGUGGAGCCGUUCAGCCUGACAUCCUACACUUUGAUGCCUGCCUCCUCCAGCCAGCCGCACUCGAGGUGCCCCAUGUGAGCAUUUAUUUCAGUGAUGGGUUGCAGUAACUGCCCAGCAGCAGGAAUGGGCUGGUGUGGAGAACGGACAGCAGGCUCCAUCUGACCCCAUGGCCCCCAUGCUCAUGGCCAAGGCCAGGACACAAGGCAGGCUGCAGGUGCCCCAGCACAGAGGUGAGGACAGCAGCUCCCUAGGAUGUGGUGCCAGGCCUCCUGGCCAUGCCUUACCAACUGGGGCUGUGGACCUGGUCCUGUGGGUCCCUCUGAUCCUGACUUUUUGCAGGGACUGCAGGUCAGGAGGCAGAUCGCACCCUGCGUAGACACCAUUGGUAAUGCUGUAUUCCAGUAAAGCACCAAAACAGGGAUGCAGAACAUGAGGAUUUCCCAGCACAAUCAGCAAGGCUUUGGGUCUGGUGAUUGCAACAUUAAAUCUUUUGAGUUGGAUAAGAAACCCAAAAAAUACCUAUCAUCUUCAAAUCUAUCUUCAUUUGACCAUGCGGUGGAGAUGAUGAUGACCAAAUAUGCUUGCCCUCGAAACUCCUCUACUGAUCCGAACUUUAUGUCCAUCAGAUCAACAUUUCGCAAAAUAAUUUUGAUUUUUUCCACCUGCUUCCGGUAGGGCAUGAUCACACCAAUAUCACUUGCAGACUUGGCUGGUGAUGCCCCUGGCCAGGAGGCAGCAACAGCGCAUGACCUGAACCACGAUGGGCUCCUCCCUUCACGAGCUUUGCUGCCCUUCACGCCAUGAAAAUGAGGGGGAAGCCUUUCUCUGGUAACUUCUCCCAGCCCAGCAGGGAGGUCACCCCACUUCAAGCUCUCUGUGGUAGAACAGCCCGGACAGCAGCACCAGCAGAGCUGGGUGGGAUCUAUAGUUCCUCAUGAGCUUUGUAGCCAACAGGGGGUUGUAGGCACCACAGCACCAAAAGCAUCUUCAUCCCUCAGAUAUGCUGGCCGGGACAUCAGUCUUUCCAACACAGAAACAUUCAGCCCAUAAGCCAUGACGAGUCUAGACUUGAUGAUGGGUCCAAACUGCAUGGGGUCUCCGGCAAGGACAGUCUGGCUGUUGGCCUCUGAAACCAGCCCCAGCGGAAUAAGGCGUUCCGGCUCACUCGCCUGUCCUGCUUCGUCCACAAACACAUGUGUAAAAUGUCCCAACUCUCCCUCCUAUUUGGUAAAAGAGAUCCCUGCUGCUGCAUGUCAUGCUUAUGAUCCUGAAGUGCAAGGCCUUCCAGAUAUCUUCUCCAACUUUGCAGUCUGGUUUGAUGGCAUGAGUGACUGUCUCCUUGAACCUGCAGGUGGCAUUUACAUGGACCAUGGUGCCGGGCCACAGCACCUGGCUCUCGUGCAGCCACAGACACACGAGGUCAGCCGCACUGUUGGAGGGUGCCCAGACCAAUAUUCGACUGUCCCGCAAAGCGUAGUUCACUGUAAAACAGCCUCUAGAACUGUCACCGUCUUCCUGGUUCCAGGAGGUCCAAAAAGAAUAUACGGGAGUGGGCGGCAGUCGCCACUCAGGAUUCUUCUAGCCGCUAACUUCUGGUUUUCAUUGAGCACAGGAUUGAAAAAUUCCUUCUCUCGCCUUGGGGAUCUGAACUUCGUUUACCAGAUCAGUUGACUUUUCAGCAAAGGCCACUGGCCCCAGCGUGUCCUGGGCACCAGCCCGCCUCUCCUUUGCUGCGUGCUUAGUAUGGUCCUUCAAGGCUUUCCUAUUCUUGAUGGUGGACUGUCCAUUGUUUUUGGUGUCUUGUGCAUCGUUCCAAUUCCCUGUCACUUGGGGAGACUGUAAAAUGAUUUCUUCUGGAAACAACACUUUAACAGCUAAGUGGGUGACGUGUUCUAGUGCAAAGUGACACCAUCUGCUUGUGGUCCUGUUAUAUGUGAAUUCCACAUCCAUAGGCUCAAAGUUAUAUGCUUGCUCAAAUUCUGGGUUAAGUUUAAGAAUUAUGUAUCUUCAUGAAUUUCAGUCACAUAGCCGAGUAUUUGAUGACAUGUCUGUUGUACUCUUGAGUUUUUAAAAUCAGUUUAUCACCUGCGAACAGAGAAGGCCUACUUUCAGCCAAUCCUGGGACCUCCAGAACCAGCAGGUCACCAUUUCUUUUCAAGGUGACCCCACUCAUGUGAACUCUUUCAGUUCUAUUUCUGCAUGAAUCUCCUCAAGUCAAAGUCGAAAACUUUUCCUUGUAGUUCUGAUAAGGAAAACCUGUGUCCUAAGAUGGCUGACUGAGCCAGAGAGAGAGCCCCAGUCCUUGCCCCAGGGCUCUUCCGGGUUCUUCCUGCUCUGCUUCCCACGAGCACCAAUCUGGGUUCUUCUCCCUGCCCCGCUUCGUGCAUGCGCCAAAAGUGCCCAGUAUGCGGAAGUAGAUGUGUAUAAAUUGCCCCCUUUGUUUGUGCUCGGGGCUCAGACCUUUGGAGACCACUCCCCUCUGGGCCCGCCAGCAUUAAAUAAACCUCCUAUCCUCCAAGA